CUUUCAUGUCUCUCUCUCUCUCUCUCUCCAUAAUAAUACCCUUUCAGCUGUAUUAGCUUUAAAAAAAAUUGUUGUUCAUUCCAUUUUAAUAUAAUGGCUUGAUGAGAAAAUAAAUUCAAAGAGCCGAAAAAUUAGUGAAUAUCUUCAAAAACAAUCACAAUGCCACCGUUUAUCUAUACUACGGAACAAAAAAUAUGGAUUGUCAAACAAUUAUUGUGUGGACAUAGUGCUCGAAAAGUGAGAGACUUAUUUGCCGUUGAAUUUUCUGAAUCACCGAUUCCAUCACUUCAUACUGUGCAAAUAUGUCUUCAGAAAUUCAAUCAAUUUGGAUGUUUGAAUAAUGAUCAUAAGCAUAUCUUACACAAAAAACGUGAAAAGUAUCUCUUGACUGAAGAAGUACAAACAAGAAUUUGUGCAAGCGUGGAGGAAAAUCCAAAUGUGACAAGUCGAGAAAUCGCAGACGAAAUGGGAAUUUCAAAAACCUCAGUUCUAAAAACAUUAAAAGACGCUGGCUAUCAUCAACAGCGAGAGAGUGUUAUAUCAGCAGACGGAAAGAAGAAUUCAUUUCGUGUUUGGUCAAGAGGAAAUCCAUUUGAAAUUAAAGAACGUGGUGAAAAGUAUCUAUUGACUGAUGAAGUACAAUCGAGAAUUUGUGCAAGAGUGGAAGAAAAUCCAAAUAUUGCCAGUCGAAAAAUUGCCGAGGAAAUUGGAGUUUCAAAGACAUCUGUUUUAAAAACCUUAAAGGAUUGUGGUUAUCAUCAACGACGUGAGAGUGUUAUUGCAGCAGAUGGAAAGAAAAAUUCAUUUCGCGUUUGGACAAAAGAUAAUCCAUUUGAAAUUGUUACUGUUGAAUAUGGAAAUGAAGAUGCGAAUAAAGAUGAGAAUGAAGAUACGAUGGAAGAUGCGAAUGAAUAAGGCAAAUCGACUACUUUUGACGUAUUUGAAAUAAAAAUGAAACAAGUAUACGUGUGUGGUAUGUUAAAUAUAAAGUAAGGAAACAAAAAUGUAAAUACUACUUCGUAAACAAUUAAAAAACCUUUUUUUUAUUUAUGAUAAUAAAAAUGUAAUACUCUCUAAAUUUGAAUAGAUUUUAUUUCAUUUCUUUGAA